GUUAGAUUUCUUUCAUUUUAUCAGCAACCAGCAUCGUGGAGGUAGUUCUUUUAUUUUGAUAGUUUUGGUAGUGGCAGUCCAUUCACCAAGCGUAAAUGGCGGAAAAUGAUUUUUCAGACAAUACUAAAACAUUGUCGGAGUCAGAGAUACAAAAUCUUAAAUUACAAGAUACGCGAAUAAUCAGUGAAUUCAAAGCUAACCAAUUAGAACUUGAAGCUAAGAAGCAUUGGGAUUUAUUUUAUAAAAGAAAUGAGAAUAGAUUUUUUAAAGAUCGCCAUUGGACUACCAGAGAGUUCAAAGAUUUGUUAAAUGAUCAAGAAUCAGAUAUAUUGAUAUUGUUUGAAAUAGGAUGCGGUGUUGGUAAUUUCAUAUUCCCGUUGGUCGAGGAAGGAUUAAACUUUCAAAUCAUAGCUUGUGAUUUAUCGCAAAGAGCUGUAGAUAUUGUAAAAGGGCAUCCAAGUUACAAUUCUAGCUUAAUUCAGAAGGUUUUUCAGUGUGAUAUUACAACAGAUGAUGUUUAUGAAGAAGUUCCAGAAAAUACUGUUGAUAUUGCAACUUUAAUUUUUGUAUUAUCAGCAGUACACCCUGAAAAGUUUACGAAUACUUUAAGACGGGUAAAAACUUUACUAAAACCUGGCGGACUGUUACUAUUUAGGGACUAUGGCUUGUAUGACAUGGCACAAUUGAGAUUCAAAGCAGGCCACAAGAUUGCUGAUAACUUUUAUAUGAGACAAGAUGGUACCAGAUCAUAUUUUUUCUCAGUUGAAUUUAUGAAAAGUCUCUUAGAAGAAUGUGGUUAUGAAAUAGUUCUAAAUUCAUACAUACACAGGAGGACUGUUAACAAAAAAGAGAAUAUUGAUGUUCCCAGAAUAUUUGUCCAGUGCAAAGCUAGGAAACCUGUAUCAUGAAAUAGAAUAAGGACAAAGAAAAUGGGGGUACCGGCCAACUGUACCAGCUAAUCCUGGAGAAUACAAUUACAAGGAUGUUAAAGCAAAAUCAGGACUAAUUUUUGUUUACUCCUGGAUAAUUAUGAGGAUAUUACAGCAAAAUAAGGACUAAUUGUCAUUGCUACCCUCACAGUAAAGUACCUGGAGCAGCACCGCAACUACUAUCAUAGUUGUGGUCAGAACCAACUAUAGCUCCCCAGAUCCAUCGAAUCAGCAACUAACUAACAAUGACUCCAGUUAAGGAAAUUCUUUAGAUUCCAGCAUCAUGCCUGCCAAUGUUAUACCUCUUGACACAACCAACCAAGAAUUAAUAUUGUUAUACAAACUACAGACAUCACAGCAACUGACAAUCUACAACAUGGAUAUCAGAUACAAUGAGGAUAUAAAGUGGAUACAAUAUAACGAGCACUAUUAUUUCAUUUAUUUGAAAUUGAAUGUUCUGAUUUGAACAGAAUCUACUAUGCAGACCAUGAUUGUGUCAAUAUUAGAAAUGGAUCUUAAUUUGGAAUAUAGUGAAUUUUCUGUUACCCACAUAGCCGUCUGAUGUAAAACAUUUCAGAAUGAGUUACGAAACUUUUUGUUUAUGAAAAACUAUCACAAUCACAUUUUGAGGUUAGUUGAAUAAUUACUUUUGAGUCUCGUAAACAGGACCAUUAUUUUAUGUUAGUUGAAGAAUGGCGUUAGUUACAAAACAAGAAGUAUGAUUUUAUACGGGAUGGAAAAUGUUUAUGGAAGCCAGUUCCGAAAGUGAAUUUUUAAAAUAUUGGUUUGACACAAAUUGAAUAAAAUAUUAAUCAAAACUACUUCAUUUUUUUGCUACACCCAGUCAUAUAUUCCCCUAAACUCAAUUCAUUUUCUUAUAUUAAUACAAUUUCUCCUUUUUUGUUUGUACUUUAGGAAAGACUUCCAAG